AUGAUGAAGCUUUCACGCCCCGUGCACGCGACGAUCCUAACGCUGCUCCUGCUCGCUUGCCACCGUUUCCAGCUCUCCGACUGCGCCAAACCAUCGUCGUCGACUCCGAGGGAGAAAAAAGCCGCGGUGUUUCCCUCUGCUCACCGCCAUGACGCCGAGGACGACGCGCACCUGCCCAUCAUGGAGCGGCCGAUGGUUGGCGACGUCGUCGAGAAGACCAACGACGCUGCUGCCCGCGCGGCACCGUCGUCCGAUGCGACGACACCUGUGUAG